UCUCCACCAGCCCUCUCGGCCACGGCCUGCAGUAUUCGCAAGCAAGCUCUGCCGUCUGUCCUCGGGCUCUCAUCGCAGCGACUACCCGUCAGCGCCACGCUUCAGCACCCUGCCGACUUCCGCAACGAUCCUUGGCGACUGCACACAUGCGCGACAUCAGCAUCUUCUCAGGCACCUCGCACCCGGCCCUUGCAGAAAAGAUCUGUCAGAAGCUAGGCAUACCCGUGUCGAGGUGUAAGCUCUCAAAGUUUUCGAAUCAAGAGACCAACGUUGAAAUCUCCGAAUCUGUGCGCGAUACCGAUGUCUAUAUUAUCCAGUCUGGAUGCGGGCACGUCAAUGAUAACUUCAUGGAGCUCCUCAUUAUGAUCGCUGCGUGCCGAACCGCUUCAGCACGAAAAGUCACCGCGGUUAUUCCGUGCUUCCCCUAUGCCCGUCAGCCCGAAACGCCUUAUAAGCGGAGCGGUGGCAUCAGUGCGCGUGUGUCCCCUGGAGAUGCCGAGCGGCUUUCAAGCAUGACGGGCGGCCAUGCUCCACUUUCGGAAAUUGUCGGCACGGUCCACAAGGAUGAAAUCGUCGUCGACCACGAUCUCUCAUAUUCGAGUCCCCAGCUCUUUCAAACGAGAUCAUCGUCUGUCCAAAGCCUCGACUAUUCAUUGAAUCCCGCAGCCUUUGACUGGGGUAGCUCGUCGACAAACGGUGGAUACAAACACUGGACUGUUCGGUCUGGAACGUUGAUUGCAAAUCUGCUUGUCGCUGCCGGCGCCGAUCAUAUCAUCACCAUGGACCUGCACGAUCCUCAAUUCCAAGGCUUCUUCGAUAUCCCUGUGGAUAACCUUGUCAGCCAGCCUCUGGUUGUCAAGUACAUCAAAGAGCAUAUCCCCGACUACCGAUCGGCUGUAAUUGUAUCGCCUGAUGCAGGCGGCGCCAAACGAGCCACAAUUGUAGCGGACAAACUCGGCAUGGAUUUCGCCCUGAUCCACAAGGAGCGACGCCAUGCUGCCAGCUCGGCUACCGAUAUGAUGCUUGUCGGUGAUGUCAAGGACAAAGUUUGCAUCCUCAUUGACGACAUUGCCGACACCUCUUAUACCAUGACGAAAGCCGCGGCCCUCUUGGUAGAAAAAGGAGCAACGAAGAUAUACGCUGUGAUUACCCAUGGUAUCAUGUCCGGUAAUGCCAUCAGCCGCAUCCAAGAAUCACCGAUCGACGAGGUCAUUGUCAGCAACACUGUCCCACAGGCGACGCACAUGGAACAAUCUUCCAAGAUCAGAGAGUUUGAUGUGGCUGCCAUUUUCGCCGAAGCCAUUCGUCGUAUUCAUAACGGCGAGAGUGUGUCAUUCUUGUUCGAACAAGUUCCAUACUAGAUUUCUCCCGCUCCGGCUGCGUGGAUCAGCAUCCGAGGCCUGAAAACAUGUCUCGAACCGAGAAGCGCGGCUCCUCAGAAGUGUGGAAGUCUUGUAUCCGACGAAAUGUAAUCUGUUCAUAUUUUGAUCAACGCUCACGCGCUCGAUGAGUUCCUUCCAAAGAUCCUGGGGUCUAGGACCUCGGGGUGUAUUGUGGCGGCUCUUCGGUGGACCCAACCACGGGUAUUCAUUUGCUUCGUGAUCACAACAGUGCCCACCACCCAUGGCUGCGGAUAUAUGUCGUGGAAAGCGCCAUCCCGAAUACAGUCAAUCCAGGAUUUUGAGCAUGG